GGCUCCUCGUUUGCAGCGUUAGCCGGUGGGCUUGAUUAUCGGUUGGUGUGCUCCUCCUGCACCCCUUCUGCCAGGCUCUUGGGUAGGAUGUCUGGGUCAGCGGCCGGAGCAACGGCGGCUACGGGUGGCUGCAGUGUCGGUGGAGCUGGGCUCGCAGGACGCUUACCCAGCCGUAUUUUGGAACUUAUUUUUUCAUAUCUGGAGCUCCGGGACCUGCUUCGCUGCGCCUUGGUCUGCAGACACUGGAAUCGCUGCCUUAGUGCCGAUGAGAACAGCGAGGUGUGGCGUAGCCUCUGUGUGCGAAGCUUAGGAGAAGAGGCGCUUCGAUCGGACAUACUCUGCAAUUUACCUACGUACAAGGCAAAGCUGUGCUCUUUUCAACACGCUCUGAGCUCCAAUGACUGUUCCCGCAAUGUUUACGUCAAGAAAAAUGGCUUUACGUUGCACAGGAACCCCAUUGCUCAGAGCACAGAUGGUGCCCGGGGUAAAAUUGGCUUCACAGAAGGUCGCCAUGCUUGGGAGAUCUGGUGGGAGGGACCCUUGGGAACUGUAGCAGUCAUUGGAAUUGCAACUAAGAGAGCGCCAAUGCAGUGCCAAGGCUAUGUGGCCCUUUUGGGCAGCGACGACCAGAGCUGGGGCUGGAACCUGGUUGAUAACAAUUUGCUUCACAAUGGAGAGGUCAACGGCAAUUUUCCACAGUGCAACAAUGCUCCCAAAUACCAGAUUGGAGAAAGAAUAAGGGUCAUUCUGGACAUGGAAGACAAGACGUUAGCAUUUGAACGUGGCUACGAGUUCUUGGGCAUUGCAUUCCGAGGUUUGCCAAAAACCUGCUUGUACCCAGCUGUGUCGGCAGUGUAUGGCAAUACAGAAGUGACUAUGGUCUACUUGGGAAAACCCCUGGAUGGGUGACCUCCAAUUUGAUGUAGUGUAAGAAGGAAUGUGCCAUGGAGUGUGCAGAGCCUGGCAAGGAGAUAGGCCAAAAAUAGAGGGAUACAAUACUUUACCCAGAGUCGACGAUGAGCUGCUGUUUUAAUUUGUGAUCAGAUUAUGGCUGGGUUGUUUCAAGUGAUGUUACAUUAGACCUUCAUCAUGUCCAUCACUGAGGAAAUAUUGCUCUCUCUACCAGAUUUUUUUAAGGUUUGUUAAACUGUAUAUUGCAGAGCUUGGCUUAAGCUCUUUUAUAAUGAGUUCUGUGAUUUUUUUUUUUAGGGUUUUGUUACUCACAGGCUGUCAAACAUACAGUACAUUAUGUUUCUGGCUUGCUUUUUUGGAAUUUGAGAAAAUCCAUAGUUGGCAAAAACUGCCAACACUGACUGGCCUCAUGGACACACAGUGAACUGUAAAUCUGUGAAAACGAGAGGGAAUGGUGAUACCUUUAAAUUGUAUGGAAGACGCAGUGGGCUGCAGCUUAUCAAGGAAGCCGGGUAAUUGUGCAAUGUACCAUUAGGGUGAAAGUCUGCAUCAUGUUAAUCGCAGCCUUGUGACAAGGAGCCAUUCUAGACCCUGCCGUGUUUUCUGUAUUUGUUUUUCUAGGAAAUUCAUUUGCUCUUCACAGAGGUCCUUACUUUCGUGGCACUCCCUAGUUCUCUUGGUAGAUAACAACAUGAAGUCUGUGUUCUUGUCGGUGGAGACUUCCAGUAGAUUUUUCUCAAAUUCAGAUAUCCAGCCCUGAAAAUUCUUCAUUUGUACGAAACGAAAACGUACCCCAGUGCUCAUUCACGUCAGGGAGGUUUUGCUUCCUUUAUCCUUACUGCUUACACUGGUGGGGAAUGUGUUACAAAAUGGUCAGGACCAAAGUAUCCUGCUAUGUAGGUUUUAAAUUGUUUUUUUAACUAUCAUUUUUUUAAAAGUUGUAUUUGCUUAAAUUGUACUGAAUCUAGACUUAUUGAAAGCCUGUCAGGCCAAAGUUUCUGUUUAGAAAGAGCUUGGACAGGAGAGAUCACUGUCUAUGAUGAAAUGGUUCUUAAUGCCCAGUUGGUGGUGCCAAAAACCUGUGAGCCAGCAGGGAUUUUACUGAGGCACACUCAUGCCGUGAGCAGCACUGAUCUUCACUUACAUGUCUGUGUGAAAUUUUUGCUAAAUGUGGAGAUCGGAGUUCCACAAUGGUAUGUGUUUUUGUUUUUACCUGAUAACCACCUUUUCAGUUCUUAAAAAUUAAACUCGAAUCAUUUUCACUUGUUAUGAUUUUGCAUCGUCUAUAGUGUAAAAAAAAAAAGAAAAAGUUUUUUGCCCCCAUCAAAAAUUUUAUAGUUCUUUGUAGGUUGGUGGGUGCUGAAUCCACAUCUGGCAACAGCAUUGCUCUAUCACAUCCAGUUUUAUAGUUUUUGAGAAGUGAAAUUUUAAAAUGAAAGAACACUAUUUUGGAGAAAAAAAUUAAAAUAUUUUUUAAUUGUAUUAUUUACACUUGGGGAAAAAAAUAUAUAAAUUACACAUAUUGUCAUAUUGUGUACUUUUCAGGAUCCCAGAGUUCGCUGGAGCCUUCCUCAAUGAUCACAGAGCACAAGGCAGGAACUAAAACUGGACAGGGCACCAAUCCAGGGCUGGGCAAACGCACACAAGGGCCAAGAUAGUGUCGACUAUUUACUUAACCUGCAUGUCUUUGAACAGUAGGAGGAGACCCACACAGCCACGGGGAGAACAUGCAAACUCCACACAGGGAGGACUCAGGACACCAACCCUGUCUUCAUUACUUUGAGGCAGCAGCACUACCACUGCGUCACUGUAUAUAUAAUUGUUUGAAAUACAAAAGGUAGCCACUUGAUAGUUUUUUCCCCUCUUAUAAUCUUCUGUAGGUCUUCCAUGGUGGAAUGACCGUCAAAAAACAAUAUCAACAUUUUUAUUCAAAGUGGUAUUUUUCACAUAAUCAGAUAUAUCAUGCAAAUGGUUAGUGGUAGAGAAAUUCCAAUUUCAGAAAUGGAUUCUGCACAGCUAAAUCUGUAAA